AUGGCGAAUCAAUCUAUGAUGAACCGAAUUAGAACAAAUGAAAAAAUCUUCGGGAUUUGGGCUGCCAUUGCCUCUGUUGUUACAAUUAUUUCAAUGUUUUGCAUCUUUUACUUAAGAAGAAAUAAUCCAGCAAAGCAGAACAUCAAAACAUUCGGAUUUGCCACAAUUGUCGCCUUUGGAUGCGUCAUCGCUAUCAAGCGCGCUAUCAGAGUCCAAUCUGUUGUUGAAGGAAACAGCAAAAAAUACGUUACACAAGGCGAUCUUAAGGGCAGACAUGCUAUCUUAAUCGACCUCCUCGGCGUUUCAAUGUUCGUUCAGAUCUUAGCAAUUUGGUGGUCAAAGGCUACAGUUUUCUACCUUGUUGUCCCAGGAUACAUCAUCUACUUCUUCUCCAAGAAGCUUGUUCAGUGGCUUCACUACAGCUAA